AUUUUUGAAGUGUUAAGGAUUAACAAACAAGUCGAACUAUAUAUAGUUCAAGUUUAGCUAAUUCAAUUAAUGAAUUUAAUUUUCAGCUCAAGUUUGACUCACUUGGUCAUGAAUUAAGCUCAAGGUAUCAAUUAUCGAAUCAGUCUCGAACUUUGUUUGAAUUGGUUUGAUUCAUUGACAAUCCUACUCACCUUUUGUCACUUAGAUAGACCAUAUACAUAUGAGGUUGCAAGACCCAUAAAAAUGCUAUUAAUCAUAUGCGUCGCAAAAUAAAUGUGAUAACUGAACCAGAAGGUCCCAUUGAAGUUGAUGUUAAAUAAUAUAUUUUUUUAUUUUUGGUUUUCACGCUGUGGUUCAUAGGGGAAGGGGACCCUAGUAGUCCAGAGUCAAGUGGUUCUAGUCCCCUCCCAAAUGCAGUUGCGAUGGAUUUAACCGUGAUCCUUCCUACCAAGUCCGGCGCCAAUCACCACUAAAUCAACGUUAAUAUUUUUUUUUUUUAAUGAAAACAAAAUUCAAAAUUGUUAAACGAACCCAGACCGGCGGCCCAGAUCCAUUUGUUGAUAGAAUUAGCCGUUGAUUAGCCGUCCGAUCCCAAAAUUCAAAAUCCCACUCUCAACCGCCACUUUCCAUUUCUCAAUCGAGCUCGAACGAACGAACAACCACCGCUGAAUUCUUUCUCAAACUCAUUCAUGGAAGAUCGAGUAAUUGACAUGCUUACAGAAAAGUUCAAUCGAUUUGUCAUUCACUGCAAUUCCAACUCCGAACCAGAUAAUUCGUCGGAACAAUUGAAUGAAACCUCUGAUGAUAUGUAUGAGAAUACUAUGUCUAGUGGAGUCCAUGAAAUUUCUCCUCAGCAGGGUCAUACUCUCCCAAUAUUGAAGAAAGUUAUUGACCUAAGUACUAAAGCUCAGAACUUGAAGAGAGAACAUGGUUCCCUUAGUGAUCAAGUGAAGCUUACAUUUGAGUCCUUUCCUGGUCUAGAUGUUUUAAAGUCUGUUCAGCUUCUGGGUGCUGAAUAUGAAAAUUUGAAAAGAAAGUACUUAGAGGAGUCACUUGAGCGUAGGCGGCUUAACAAUGAAGUGAUAGAACUCAAGGGAAAUAUAAGAGUUUUCUGCAGAUGCAGACCGUUAAAUGAAAAUGAAAUUGCUAAUGAAUCAGCGGUAUCUGUUGUCAAUUUUGAGUCAGCUUCUGAGGAGCUUCAAGUUAUUUGCUCUGAUUCUUCUAAAAAACAAUUUAAAUUUGAUCACAUAUUCAAACCUGAAGAUAAUCAAGAGGCUGUUUUCGCACAAACAAAAUCUAUUGUUGCUUCAGUUUUAGAUGGAUAUAAUGUUUGCAUUUUCGCAUAUGGUCAAACUGGAACUGGUAAGACUUUUACCAUGGAGGGAACACCAGAGCAUCGGGGAGUUAACUAUAGAACCCUUGAGGAAUUAUUUCGGAUUUCUGAAGAUAGACAAGGCACGAUGAAAUACGAAUUGCUUGUUAGUAUGCUGGAGGUUUACAAUGAAAAGAUAAAAGAUCUCUUGGUCGGAAAUCCUUCUGAAGCCACUAAGAAGUUGGAGGUAAAGCAAGCUGCAGAUGGAACCCAAGAAGUCCCAGGACUUGUUGAAACUCGUGUUUAUGGAGCAGAUGGUGUUUGGGAAAUUCUGAAGUCUGGAAACAGAGUCAGAUCAGUUGGUUCCACAAGUGCUAAUGAGCUUAGCAGUCGUUCUCAUUGUUUGGUGCGGGUAACUGUUCUGGGGGAGAAUUUAAUCAAUGGCCAGAGAACAAAAAGUCACCUUUGGCUAGUAGACUUAGCUGGCAGUGAACGUGUAGGGAAAACUGAUGCUGAAGGAGAAAGGCUGAAGGAAUCUCAAUUCAUAAAUAAGUCUCUAUCAGCACUUGGUGAUGUUAUUGCAGCACUUGCGUCCAAAUCAUCCCACAUACCUUAUAGGAACUCGAAGCUCACUCAUAUACUUCAGAGCUCGUUAGGAGGUGAUUGCAAAACUCUAAUGUUUGUCCAAAUAAGUCCUAGUUCAGUAGACUUAACAGAGACACUUUGUUCACUGAAUUUUGCUACGCGUGUUCGAGGAAUUGAGAGUGGCCCAGCCCGCAAACAAGUAGACCUCACUGAGCUUAUGAAGUACAAGCAAAUGGCUGAAAAGUCCAAACACGAUGAGAAGGAAGUUAGGAAAUUACAAGAUAACUUGCAGUCAGUGCAAAUGAAACUAACCGCAAGAGAACUCAUGUGCCGAAAUCUUCAAGACAAGGUUCGGAAUCUAGAGAACCAGGUUGCAGAGGAGAGAAAAGCUAGAUUAAACCAAGAAAGUCGAUCACUUGCUACAGAGAAUACCAAAAAGAGGACAUCACUGAUUCCUUUGGAAAGACCCCCAUUAAGAAGAAUUAAUAAUUCCUUGCCUCCACCACCCGAGAGAAGGCCCUCCUCAUGUAACACUUCCUUAAAUGGAAAGGAAAACAUUGCCAGAACGACCUCAAUGACUACAAGAAGAAGGGUGUCUGUUGCUGCAAAACCUCCAGCUGCACCGUCACAAACACAGCAGCCCCUUCAGCCUAGGAGGCGAGUUUCCCUGGCAACAUUUCAUCCUGAAACAACUUCUGAUGCCACUACUUCACUUCAUACCUCUGCUUCUCAAUUCAUUAGUGGAAGCAAUGUUCACCAACCAAUGAUAAGGAGGAACAACAGGAAAGCUCGGUAUUCAAGUUUGUUCACCCCGACAACAUCGUCAAGCGAAACAACACCAACUUUGGAUAAGAGCCGCAGUAGGUUUGCUGGCAGUCCAACACAGGCAGCAGAUUCGCGGAUGAUAGCUAGGCAUCCACGCCCAACUGUGAUUGCGCUGCAACGUAAAUCUUUAGUAUGGAGUCCUCUCAAGUGGAGAAGAGGCGCGGAAAGUAGCAGAAAGUCAUCACUCUUGCCAUCUCGGCCUUCCACCCAAAUGCGAUGAUCUUUGUUUUCUCAAAUAAUGACAUAUACUUCGUCAACAUUCAUCGUCGUCUUUGUUCUUUGCUUCUUUUAUGAAAAGGAGUACUCAGGGAUUUGUCAGGAAAUCUUUGUUUCCUCAAACAAUGUAAUAUACACUACACUUGUAGUGUUUGGAACUAAAUUGAUUCCUAACGUGAGAAUGAAAACAAGUUGACUUUUUGAUAAA